AUGCUUCUUCUAGACUACCACAAUGUUCUUAUCCAUUCUCUCCUGACCGAGCGGUUCUCUGGAGCCCCGCCGACGUCGAUUGAUCAGGUUGUCUCAGAUUUUGACGGAGUUACGUUUCAUUUAUCUACACCCGAAUCCAAGACCCAGAUCCUCAUCUCGAUUAAUGUGAAAUGUUUCCGGGAGCUGGUUCAAUAUGGAGCUCAACAAGUGCUGGAGAGAGAGUACGGAUCCUACAUUGUUGCUCCGGAGCCUGGAUAUGAUUUUUCGGUUCUCAUCGAUCUGGAGAACCUCCCCGCAGAGCAAGAGGCCCGAGAUGAACUGGUGAUGCGUCUGGCUCUGAUGAAGCGCAAUGCCAUGGCUGCUCCGUUCGAAAGAGCGUUCGAUGAGUUCGCCAAGCUUUCCGAAGAAGCUUCGAGGUACACUUCCGAGUCGGCACCUCAAGGAGUAAAUGAGGGAGGCGAAGUGAUGGCAAUUCACUACCGGGAGGAAGAAGCCAUUUAUAUCAAGGCGGGUCCUGAUCGAGUCACCGUGACCUUUAGCACCGUCUUCCGUGAAGAGACCGAUCGCAUCUUCGGAAAGGUCUUUUUACAGGAGUUUGUUGACGCGAGACGGCGUGUCUUAACUCUGCAGAAUGCUCCCCAAGUGCUCUUCCGAAACGAACCUCCCCUUGAACUUGAGGGCAUCCCUGGCCUUCAGGACGCCAGCGACAGCAAGAUCAGCUAUGUUACUUUUGUUCUGUUCCCUCGUCACCUGACCCCUCAACGGCGAUACGAAAACAUCUCCCACAUUCAGAUUUUCCGGGAUUACUUCCAUUAUCACAUCAAAGCCUCCAAGGCUUACAUCCACACUCGUAUGCGCAAAAGGACGGCAGACUUCCUCCAGGUACUUAACCGAGCCCGGCCUGAGAACGAAGAGCGGGAGAGGAAGACUGCAAGUGGUCGUACUUUUAGGGUUCAGGGAUAG